AUGGACAGUGAGAGCAAGUUCGCGAUCCACGCAGCUUGUCGUGAAGGAAGGUACGCCGCAGUUGAGUCUCUGCUCAAUGUGGACCCCAAGCUAGCAACCAGAAAAGAUGACGACGGAAGACUACCUAUCCACUGGGCCGUGUCGUCAAACCAGUUCGAGAUCGCAAAUCUCCUGGUGUCUCAGAAGAACUUUGAUCCUGAUGUACAGGACGACAGCGGCUGGACUCCAUUGAUGAUUGCAGUGAGCAUCAAGGACGGUGAGAAGCUGGUAGAUCUGCUUCUGAGUAAAGGAGCAGAUGUCAAUGAGAAGAGUGAGAUUCGCCCACCAGUCUACUGUCCUAUUCGUCUCACCCAGCUUAUAUACAAGCUACUCACCGCUCUACACUUUGCGGCCUCCAAAAACAACCUCGACGUCGCCCGCAAGCUCCUCGACCACAAACCACCCGCCUCUGCCCGGGUGCGCGAUCGCCGAGGCCAGUAUGCUCUUCACCGCGCCGCCGCUGUGGGCUCUACCCCAAUGGUCAACUUGCUCAUCGGCCAGGGCAAGAGCCCGCUGAACGCGACUGACUCGGAUGGGCAGACUGCUCUGCAUCAUGCCAUUGCCGAGGGCCACGGAGAUACGGCUGUGGCGCUGCUCAAGGCCGGUGCCGAAACGGAUAAGAAGGACGCAGACGGCAACCUUGCCAUAGACUUGGCACCUGAUAGGGAAGUCCGCAAGUACAUCGAGCAAGUCGCAGAACGGGAAGGCAUUGACCUUCCCAGUGGAUCAUCAGCAGCUUGA